GGUAGACCCCAGCCGAUGCCCUGCGGCCUGGUCAUGGCGCCCACGAGGGAGCUCGCGCAGCAGAUCCCGCAGCAGUCGAUGAAAUUCAUGUACAACACCGGCAUUGAGAGCAGGAUCAUCUACGGCGGCGCCGACAUCGGCCAGCAGAUGCGAGAGCUGAACAAGGGCACGGACAUCCUCGUCGCGACGCCUGGCCGCCUGUGGGACAUGCUGGGGCGCCAGUGCGUAGACCUCGGCCUGUGCCAGUUCCUGAUCCGCGCCGCCUCGCGGCCUGCAGCCGCCGGCCUCUCAGGGGGGG